AUUCAUUUACUGUACCUUCAUGUAAGCAAGAGAAACUGUCACAACUGAUCUGCUGUGGUUCAAUAAACAACGUGCUUGUGGGCAUGUGUUAAUAAGCUAAACUUGGAUGUCCUGGCUGGCUAUAAAAAGAUUUAAGUGAAAAUUGACCUUCAGCACAAGUUGGAACUCCUGUUAUAUGUUUGCUGUCUGCUGCAAAAGAGAAGCUAGCCAACGUUUAAACAUAUGAUUCUUUUUCUCUCACUGAAGAUGGCCAGAGAAGCUAUAUCACUGUGUGCUCUGAACAAGACAUUAAACAGAGUGGAGAACAAACUGCAGACUUUAGAGGGUCAGUUUACAGUGCUAGACUCUAGCAUUCAGAAAUUAACAGAGAAGUUUGAGUUUCAGACUACAGUAAUGGAGCAUCAGUUCGACCAGGAUGAAAUGUGGUCAUCACUGCUAGAAGACAGAUUCUCUUCUGUGGAGGUAAAUCUUUUCUACAGCUACAUUUGUGAAACUAUUAGCUGCUUACAUUCUGAAGUUGUAGAAAUGCUACCAGAUCUGGCAAAAGCCCUGCCUACUCUGUCAUCUGUUCUGAGGCGAAAAGGCAGAAACCAAAGAAUUAGGCUGGCCUGGGAGUCUGUACUGGAGAAACUCGGGCUGCAAGAAGGAGAUGUUAAAGCCCUCUGUGCAUUUUUCAUUACAAAUUGCCACGAUGCCUGCUAUUAUACUGCUGAUCAAAGGCAAGAUUAUGCCAAUGACAUCAGCUCUAUUAUAAACAACGUGGUGAAGAACCAGCUGCUUCAGCGCAGUCUGCUGUCUGCUAUUCGAGUAGUGGAAUACAGAAAAAACUGAACAUGCUUGCAAAGAACAAGAGACACACCCUAAAGGAUAAUAACCGAGAAACAAAUUAUCUCCAAAACUGCUUAUAACUGGAAAGUAGAUUUAUGCAAGACUUCCUCUCAGUAUUCACCCCAUCUUUAACUGAGAAAAGUAGCACUGUACUGGCCCAAUUCACAGAGAAGUUGUACGGAUUAUGAAGAUUGCAAAUGUGAAGCAUGACUAAAGCUAUGCAUUAUUAUUAUUACUACUAUGAACAACUCCCAUUUUGCUCCUAUCUUUGGAAAUCUAUCAUCCAGAUCCUACAGUA